AUGACAGACACGAUAAACCCGAUGGACCUCCCCGGUUCACCAUCGGACUUCCCUUUGACCGUCUCCCCCGCAGACACCUUCGACGACUCACCCGAGCCCGAGUGCGAGGAUGAUGAUGUCGAGAUCAAGGAGGAAGAUGAUAAGAAGCCCACAAAGAAGAGAAAGUCAUGGGGUCAAGAACUCCCUACUCCUAAGACCAACCUUCCCCCCAAGACGACGAGAAAGAGCAACGCCGCAUCGAGCGCGUACUCAGGAAUCGCGCUGCGGCCCAAACAUCCCGCGAGCGCAAGCGUCUCAGAAAUGGAGAAGCUGGAGACCGAGAAGAUCCGAAUGGAAGAACAAAAUCAGUUCCUUCUUUCAAGGUUAACCCAGAUGGAAGUUGAGAACAACCGACUAUCACAACAAGUCGCUCAACUAUCCGCCGAAGUCCGCGGCUCUCGCAGCACAACACCCAUCUCCAACAAAGCCACCUCCCCUCCUCCCGCCAUCACCGAAUCUCCCACUCUCACACCCACCCUCUUCAAACAAGAAGGCGAGGACAUCCAAAUGGAACGCAUCCCCUUCCCAACCCCCGCCACCUCCACCCUCGAAUACUCCCCCACCCUCCAACCCUCCACGCUGGCUGAGGCCUCCGACGCGACACAACAUCCUGCCGCGAUGUUGUGCGACCUGCAGUCUCCUCUUUCUGACGAUGACUUCCGCCGCCUAUUCCACGGUGACAGCGCCGCUGAGUCUAAUCCUUCAUUCCCUGAAGACGGGUUUGCCUUUGGCGCUCUCGACGGAGUCUCAGAUCUCAGUUCUUUCCCCUUUGAUUCAUUGGUUGAUUUUGACCCCGAGUCUGUCGGAUCCCUUGACGGCGUCAACGUCGUCGACCAAUCGACCGGUCUUUCGGAUGAAUCUGCUUGCCCGCCUGCUAGCGUGCAGCCCAGCCUUGGCGCGUCCACUUCGAGAUGCGACGGGCAGAGCAUUGCAGCUAGCGACUGGGUGGUCAGCGACAGCAGCGUGAGAGUGCACGUGAAGGCGAACGCUCCGGACGGCGACGAAGCAAUGGACAUGGAAAGUCCCUACUACCACAGCGCGGUGUUGUCGCCUGCGCUAACGAAUGCGGUCAGUGACAUUCAAGUUGCCACUUCGGAAUUGCUCAGCCUCCGCACUUCACGAGACAUCAACACUACUUCCCACUCUUCACCCUACGCCCACAGUCUACACUCUCACUUCCCUCUUUCUCCUCUCCCACCCCCCCCACACACCGCCAUCAUGGUCCGCAAAGAUCCCAUCUUCGAAGCCCGCACCAAUGUCAAGCUCCACUCAAACCGUCUCAAAAAAGAAGCCGCCCGCGCCGAAUCAACCUUCAAAUCCGAAAAAGCCAAAGCCGACCGCGCCAUGAAAAACCGCGAAUUCCAAAUCGCCCGCAUCCACGCCUCCAGCGCCGUCCGCGAAAAGCGCCGCCAAGUAACUCUCAAAUCCGAAGCCGCACGCGCAGACGUAAUAAUCAACGAACUCAAAGCCGCCCAAUCAACCCGGGACACAUCACGAACGCUAGCCCUCGCAAGUCGGGGCCUGGACGCAGCGAGCAAGAGCGUUAAUCUGGAACAUUUGGUCUCGCAUGCGAAUAAUUUCUUGGCCCGGAGUGAAGACUUUAAGAUUGCUAGUAGUGCGAUUGAGGAUGUUGCGCAGGGUGUUAGUUUGCAGGAGUAUGGGGCUGAGGGUCAACAUGAGGUUGAUCGGAUGAUGGAGCAACUUGCUGAUGAGGCGGGUGUUGAUAUGAGGAUUGCGUUGGAGCAGGAUACGGAGGUUCCUAAUGCGGAGGUUAAGGGGAAAGAACAGGCGCAGGCGCAGCAGCAGCCGGGGGAGGUUGAGGAUGGGCUUGGGGCGAGGUUGAGGGCUUUGAGGGCUGCUAAUUAG